CAUGUCGCGCUUCAAAAGUGAUGACGGGGCGGGGUACACCUGGGAACAAAACUACGAGAAGACAUGGGACGCUCUGGGUAUUGACACUGAGUCGUUCUUUGAGACCACACUGCUGCGAGAGCGUAUCAUCAGCAAACGCAGGAGGUAUUUGCGCACGGCUUAUACGCUGUGA